AUGGACAGCAACGCGGUACCUCCAAUGUGGGACUGGGAGAAUUUGUUCAUGUCCAAUCCCUCAAAGACUGAGAACGACAAGAAGCAGCUAUCUACUGAGUGGGAAGUAGAGAAAGGUGAAGGAAUUGAGUCUAUAGUUCCCUGUUUCGCUGGCCUCGAGAGAGUCAGUAGUGGCUCUACCACCAGUUUCUGGCAAGCUGCUGUGUCGAAAAGCUCACAGUCGACCUCUAUCAACUCAUCGUCCCCCACAGUCAAACAACGCAAGCUUGCAUCAGAAAGUUCCCCUGGAGGAGAUUCUUGCAGCAACUUAGAUUUUGUUCAAGUCAAGGCAUCUACAGCUCUCGAGCUGUUGACUCCAUCUGUUGUUGCUCGGAAGAAAUCCAAAUCUUGCGGUCAGAGCAUGCAAGUCCCCCGUUGCCAAAUUGAUGGAUGUGAGCUUGAUCUCACAUCUGCUAAGGACUAUCAUCGUAAGCAUAGAGUCUGCGAAAACCAUUCAAAGUGCCCUAAAGUUUUUGUGAAUGGCCUCGAGCGUCGAUUCUGCCAACAGUGUAGCAGGUUCCAUGCCGUCUCGGAAUUUGAUGAGAAGAAAAGAAGCUGCCGUAAACGUCUGUCUCAUCAUAAUGCGAGGCGUCGCAAGCCACAAGGAGUGUUUCCAUUGAAUCCAGAGAGGGUGUACGAUCGAAGACAGCAUACAAGUAUGCUAUGGAAUGGGUUGUCCCUGAACACGAGAUCUGAGGAAAAAUAUGCGUGGGAUACCACUUAUGAAACAAAGCCUACACAGCCGGAAAGCAGUUUUACUCUGAGCUUCCAGAGAGGUAAUGGCUCCGAGGAGCAGUUGCUUGCUAGUAGCAGCCGCUCUUUGUCUGCGUUCCAAACCUCUGGCGGGUUCUCAGCAGGGAAGUCUAAUUUUCAACUUCCUGGCAAAGGUGUAGGAGAAUACUCAGGAGGCCUCCAUGAAUCGCAAGAUUUCUACAGUGCUCUCUCUCUUCUGUCAACGUCUCCGGAUUCACGUGGGACCAAACACGAUCCCCCACAGCCGAUAUUUGGCACUUUCCCUACUCAUUUCAUAUGA